UGACUGGUUGGCAGAGAAGGGGUGGAAGGAGCAGCAGCACCAUGUCUCCCAAAAAGGCAAAGAAGAAGAUAGAAGGCGGUUCCAAUGUUUUCUCUAUGUUUGAACAAACACAGAUCCAGGAGUUCAAAGAGGCUUUCACCAUCAUGGAUCAGAACAGGGACGGCUUUAUUGACAAAGCAGACUUGAGAGACACUUUUGCUGCACUAGGUCGUCUGAAUGUCAAGAAUGAAGAGCUUGAAGACAUGGUGAAGGAGGCGCCAGGUCCUAUUAACUUCACUGUCUUCCUCACUAUGUUUGGGGAAAAGCUGAAAGGCACGGACCCAGAAGAAACAAUUCUGAAUGCUUUUAAGAUUUUCGACCCAGAAGGAAAAGGCCGCAUAAAGGCAGACUACAUCAAAGAGAUGCUUAUGACACAGGCAGACCGGUUCAGCCAAGAAGAGAUCAACCAGAUGUUUGCUGCUUUCCCUCCAGAUGUCUCUGGGAACCUCGACUAUAAGAACCUCUGCUAUGUUAUCACCCAUGGUGAGGAGAAGGACUGAGAGCAAAGGGAGGAGCUUCUCCUGUGCUUGUGCACUGAGUUAUUCCAUGAUGCUCCCAUGCACAACACAAAGGGCUAAGCAUCCAGGAUGUGAAGCCAUGUGGUCAUCAGAAGAGAACCAAUAAAAUAA